CAAGAUAUAUUCAACAUCUACAAACUCUAGAUGUGUCACAUUGUGAUGUGUUAUCAAAUAUGUUCACACUGACAAUGGCUAAAAAUUUGGUGGCACUCACAAAAUUGAGGAUAAGUAAUUGUAGAAUAUUGACAGAAGUCAUCAGUGAUGAAAAAGGUGGGAAUGAAUGUGUGGUGGCUUUCAAUCAACUAAAGUAUAUGGAGCUUGAUGGGUUGAUAGGGUUGAGAAGUUUCAGCUUAGGUGGAUACACUUUGAUGUUCCCGCUCUUGGAAGAUAUCAUUGUGACUAGAUGUCCCAACAUGAAGUUUUUCUCUCAAGGACCAAUAGAGGCGUCAAAGUUGGAGAGAGUUCAAGUAUCAAAAGCAUUGUGGUUUUGGGUGGGAAGCCUCAACAUCACCAUCCAGAAUAUGUUUGAAGAUAUGGGUACAUUUGCUGGAGAAAAGAAAAUGAUGCUAUCUGAGUUCCCCAAGCUAAUUGGAAAAUGGCAUAACGAACUUAAUCCCAUCAAGUCGAAUUGGCAAUUAGAAUCAUUGGUGGUAGAUAAAUGUCCAUCAUUUGUUAACGCUAUUCCAUCUAGAUUGAUGCUUGUUUUAAAAAAUCUAUGGUUUUUGCAAGUGCGUGAUUGCGAGGUGCUUGAAGAAAUAUUUGAUCUAGAAGGACUGGAGGCUGUGGAAAGCACUCGAGUGCUGCCUCGGCUAUGGGGAUUGAACUUGGUCAAUCUACCACAAUUGAGGCGAUUAUGGAACAAAGAUCUUCAAGAAUCACUAUGCUUCAAUUCUCUAAAAAAUCUCAUCAUUUAUAAUUGCAGCAGCUUAGGACAUGCUUUCUCUCCAUUGAUGGCUCGAUGCCUUGCCAAUCUUGAACUAAUGGAAAUAAAGGAGUGUGGUCAGAUGGAAGGAGUGAUCAUAGAGGAAGAAGGAGAGGGAAGCACAAUGGAGAAGAUUACAUUCCCAAAGCUCAAGCGGAUGACACUGGAAUACUUGCCCAAUUUGACUUGUUUCCUCUUGGGAAAAAAUCAUAUGCUAGAAUGCCCCACAUUACGAGUGUUGAACAUUGCCCACUGCCCCAAGAUGAGAAGUUUGAUUAGGCAAUCUUGGAUGAAGAAUGACCAUAGCACCCCCUCACUUUUCACUCCUAAGGUACAAUGUCCCCGGCUUUGGCGAAUGGUUCUCUCCCAUAUGGACAAUUUAAGCAAAAUAUGGAGUGACCAUCCUCAAGAAACUCUCACUUUUGACCAUUUAUGGAAAGUGCAAGUUCAAAAUUGUGGGAGCCUUGACAAUGUGUUUCCGCAUUGGGUGGCUACAAGUCUAACCCAACUUAAGGAACUUCAAGUGGAGUCCUGUGGGAUUAAGGAAAUAGUCGCUAGUGGGAAUGAGACUCCACAUUCUAAUACUACUCAAGAUCUUUUCCCAAAACUAACCUCUUUGGUGUUACAUGAUAUGCCACAACUCAAGAACUUUUGUGCCAACUUGCCCACUUUGAAUUGGCCAUUCUUGAAGGAAUUGCGAGUGACUCACUGUGAUAAAGCGAACGUGCUAUCUUUUGUAGCAUUUAUGAGCAAUUGGACUAAAAUAGAUUAUCAACAGGGCCUUUCAGACCAAGAAGCUCACUCUUUAUUUGAGAGGUACUUUCCCAACUUGAAGAGACUUUUAUUAGUCGAUAACAAUAUUCAGAUGAUAAAAGACGGAAAUUUUCCAGAGAACAUCUUUGGCAAGCCAAAAGCACUAACUUUGGCAUGCUUUCAUGAUGAAAAGGCCGCUUUUCCUCUCAAAUUCCUCCUAGAGAGAUUUCAACAUCUACAAAGCCUUGAGGUCUUCUGUAGCUCCUUUGAUGAUAUAUUCCUGGACGAAGGACUUGUUGACAAUGGUAAACAUCCGAUGCUUGAAAGUUUAAGAGAACUUAAGUUACACAAGCUACACAACCUAAAGAGUGUAUGGAGAGAAGGCUCUUUAGGGUUGAAAAUUCUUCAAAGCAUCGAAACAUUUGAGGUUUGGGAUUGUCCUUGUUUGACAACAAUAUUUCCGACGGUGACAUCCUUCAAGAAUCUAUCGACAUUAGUGGUGAAGAAUUCCUCUAGAUUGGUACAUCUAGUAACAGCUUCAAUGGUCACAAAUUUGGUGUAUCUCAAUUGCGUGACUAUAAUAGGAUGUGAAAGAAUGAAAGAAAUAGUGGCAGACGAUGGAUACGGAGAAGGAAAAGUGAUUUCUUUUGGGAAUCUUGAUGAGUUGACACUCCAAAAUCUGCCAAACCUAGAAUGCUUCUCUUCCAUUCCGAGUUGCAACUUCAAGUUCCCAUCCUUUUAUAAUAUUGAAGUAGAAGAGUGCCCGAAAAUGAAGACAUUUUCUAAGGGUACGCUAAGCACACCAAAAUUAGAAUAUGUGUCACUAUUUAGAUACAAGUGGGAAGUGAAUUACAGGGAGAGUGACGAUCUCAAUACGACCAUACAAAAGUUAUCGGCAUAAAUGAACGCACAUGGAAUUGUAUUGAUUACGUCCGAUCAGCGCAUCAUCAACUCUGUCUAUCAAUCGAUCUCGCCUCCUCCUUCGCUGAACAGCAGGAAGCAAAGCAGGGCUCUCCUCCUUCUUGACGCCAUAGGCGUCAAACGAAGCGUCGGGAAUUCCAAGACUAAGAGAAGUGAAGCUGCUGCACUUAGCGGAGCGGAGCCAAGUAGGAGAGAGAGAGAGAGAGAGGGAGAUUCAACCAGAUGGAGUGUUAUCGUCGUCGCCGUUGCUGAAGAGAAGAUUGUACUCUCUCUCCUCCGCCCUUGAACCCAGUAAACUCAACUGUCCCUCUCGCUGCUUUGCUCGCUAUCCUCUUGUGGUCCAAUCCAGGAUCCGGAAGGCUUCUUCUGAAUGUAUACCCUAUUGCAUUCUCGGAGCAUAGAUUUGACCUUGACUUUGGAUUGAUGGCUUUCGUUAUAUGGUUUACUGUCUAUUAAACUCCUGAAACUAGCAAGUAAUGCCUUAAACUCACGACAUGUACGAUUUGAUUCUCUCAUUAGGGUAUGCUUAUGUCUUGGUCUGUUCUUCACUAUAUGUUGGUUUUUCAACCAUGUAGAUGGGCAGUGUGCUCCUGUUCAAUCCAUCGUGCGACAUAUUCAGGACAUUAAGCAAAUUGCGACUCUCAGGUAUUCAGACAGGUCAUGGAUGGUGAAGGGAAUACCAAAAAGGUUCGAGAGGAUGCUUUUGAGAGAAUGGUGCAAUUAUUUGGCCUGUGGAAUUGGAAAAAUGUGAUGAGAUGGUUUGGCUAGCAACAGGUUUGAAUGAAUUUGCAGAGCAUUACUCUAUCUAUGAGGGCCAAUUUGUGGUCUUCUAAUCUGAAGGGGACUCCAUUUUCCAUGUCACCAUAAUUGAUGAAAGGAUGUCCGAGAUAGAAUAUCUGUCAAUCAAUGUCAAUGUGAGGAACCAAGCCUUAGCAAUUGUGGAAUUGUCUUUCUGAAAGUGGAAGAUGCCUUUGCUUGCUGUGAUGUUUUAGUCGAGCUUGAAGUCUGGGGGGAUGAAUUACAUUCAGCCAAGUGUCCUUAGCUUGGUAUGGAAAUGGAAUUUGAUCAAGUUUGCAAAGUUCAUGGCGAUUCAUCAGCAGAGUUUGGGAGGGACAAAAGUUCGAACUGCUCAUCACAAGAUUUUCCAGGUAAGCUGAAGGCGCCUAUGCAGAGCUCUUGAACCGGCCAACAAAUUUAUACUCGAUCGUCCUUUCUCUGAAAUUGCGGUGAGGUUAAUACAUCUGAAGAAAAACAAUGUGAGAGUUCCUGGUUCAUCCCCAAAGACACACGUUAAGAAAAGCCCGCAGACCAUGGCUCUCAUAUUUCAAGAUGAAUCGUGGCCGUUGAAGCUCAUCGGCCACGAGCAUUAUGGAAAGUCAUCUGCCCGUUGGGCUGCAUUCACGAGAGAAACUUCUCUGAAGGUGGAAGAUGUGUGUGUGUUCGAGCUUUAUUGAAGGGGACAAAUGAACCACUGAUAAGACUUGGGUGUAUAAUAAUACUAUGCAAUACGAUAAAGCAGAGGAAGCAUCCGGUUUGGCAAAAUGGAUGAAAGCAUGAGAUUUGUUCCAAUGGAUGGAAUGGUCCUGAACGUGUACGAUACCUUUCCUUGAUCCUGGACUUAGUGAUCACCAUGUGGGCAAGAGUCGUGAGUUGGAGGGAGCUGAUAACUAAUGUCGGUUCUGUAACUUCCAUUUCUAGAGAUGAUCUUUUAAAUUUGGUGCUUCUUUAAUGCUUUCGGUGGCUCAACUUGACCUUUAAAAUUGUAAAUGGUAGUAACAAUGAUUUUACAAGCACCAGUGAACUUACAUCAAA